ACCUUUUCAUUUCACUGGCGGCAGAGGCUCGCCACAUUUCACCCCACGCCGUCCGCGCGAGCCUCCGGAUCCCAUCGAAGACCCUCACCUCCCGUCCACGGUGCGCGUGACUGCGGGAUUCACCGGGACAACGACGAGUUUUGUGCGCGUGGCAAUGGUGAUUGACAGAUGAUCUGACAAGGAAGACAUCAGACGCCGUCUCUGUGCCGGUUAUUAUGGGGUGUGCCUGUUGCAAGCAGAAGAAGUCUGCCAAAGCAGCGGCAGCAGCAGCAAUAGUAGAUGUUACAGAUCUGUCGCCUAGCAACGUAGACGGCGGGUCAUUCGCUGCCGCGACUCAGGGCCGCUACUGUUCUGAACCCAAUCACACCAUCCCAGACUUCAACCAGGGCUUUUCAUGCAGCACCAUCUUCCCCAACACCAGCACACACCAAAGACCUGGAGGCACGAGUGGUGGAGUCACUCUGUUUAUAGCUCUGUAUGAUUACGACGCUCGCACUGAAGAUGACCUCACUUUCCAGAAAGGAGAGAAAUUUCAGAUCAUCAACAAUACAGAGGGCGACUGGUGGGAGGCACGAUCUCUGGACACGGGCAGCUCCGGUUACAUCCCCUCCAACUAUGUGGCUCCUGUCGACUCCAUACAGGCUGAGGAGUGGUAUUUUGGGAAGAUGGGGAGGAAGGAUGCAGAGAGACAACUUCUGGGUCAUGGCAACCAGAGAGGAACUUUUCUCAUCCGAGAGAGUGAGACCACCAAAGGUGCUUACUCUCUGUCUAUCCGUGACUGGGACGACAACAAGGGAGACCACGUGAAGCAUUACAAGAUCCGCAAACUAGACAACGGUGGCUACUACAUCACCACGCGGUCACAGUUUGACACUGUUCCGCAGCUGGUCGAUCACUACAAAGAGAGAGCAGCAGGGCUGUGCUGCCGUUUGAUUGGCAGCUGUAAACGGGGCAUGCCUAAGCUGGCUGACUUAUCAGUGAAGACCAAGGAUAUGUGGGAGAUUCCUCGGGAAUCCCUCCAGCUGAUUAAGAAACUGGGCAACGGCCAGUUUGGAGAAGUCUGGAUGGGCAUGUGGAACGGCACCACCAAGGUAGCAGUGAAGACUCUGAAGCCAGGAACCAUGUCCCCCGAGGCCUUCCUGGAGGAGGCUCAAAUCAUGAAGAGACUGCGCCACGACAAACUGGUGCAGCUCUACGCCGUCGUCUCCGAGGAGCCAAUCUACAUUAUCACCGAGUUCAUGAGCCAAGGAAGCUUGUUGGACUUCUUGAAAGAUGGAGAGGGGCAAAACCUCAAGCUGCCUCAACUGGUGGACAUGGCUGCACAGAUUGCGGCUGGAAUGGCGUACAUCGAGAGGAUGAACUACAUCCACCGUGACCUGCGAGCAGCGAACAUCCUGGUCGGAGACAAUCUGGUGUGCAAGAUUGCAGACUUUGGCCUCGCCAGGCUCAUUGAGGACAAUGAGUACACUGCUCGACAAGGGGCGAAGUUCCCCAUCAAGUGGACGGCUCCAGAGGCAGCGCUGUAUGGACGCUUUACCAUCAAGUCAGAUGUCUGGAGCUUUGGCAUCCUACUAACAGAACUCAUCACCAAGGGACGUGUGCCGUACCCAGGCAUGAACAACCGUGAGGUGCUGGAGCAGGUGGAGAGGGGCUACAGGAUGCCCUGUGCCCCAGGCUGCCCUGCCUCGCUCCAUGAACUGAUGCUGCAGUGCUGGAGGCGGGAAGCUGAUGAGAGGCACACGUUCGAGUACCUGCAGUCCUUCCUGGAGGAUUACUUCACCGCUACAGAGCCGCAGUACCAGCCUGGAGAAAACCUGUGACCACACAUGGGUCACGGCAACGUGGAGCAAAGAUUCACCAGCAGAGACAGACAGACAGACAGACAGACAGACGGGGACACACAUACACUGACAGGCGUAUCAUAGUGCAUGCACAUGCUGUCAUUGUAUUUGUUGCUCACACACUGUACACACACACACACACACAUAUGAAGAUACAUAUCAUUGCCUUGUUUAUUUGUUUAAAGAUAGUUUCCUCCCCUUUGGUCAUCGUUCACUGCAGCCUGUUCAGGACAGCUCAGUCAGCCGUGUUGAAGAGCAGAGUCGGAGCUCUGCUGGUCAGGCCUUGCAGUGAUGUGGCUUUACUCUGUAACCAUGACAACAAGGAACUGAAAGAAGAUGUAGAUGGUUGUGCUGAGGUGGUGGUGGUGGUGGGGGUUGGGGGGGAGUGGAGUCGGUACGUGAUCUAUUCAGCUACCACAUAUGUGUUGAUUUUUUUCUCUGAGAACAGUGUUUGAGUGGAUAAUCAGUUUGCCGGAGAUAGAACAUUGUGGAAUGUGACUUCUGAAAACUGUCAGCAUGAACCUCGUGCACUCGUGUGCUAGCUGAGUAGAUUGUGUGCAGACGCCAGCGCUCUUAUAUAAGCUUUAGGAAGGAUGAUGCCCGUCAAAACUACUGAAUAUAAGUCUGUUUUAAACCUUAUUAUGUUAUUUAGAGAGAGAGAGAGAGAGAGAGAGGAAAAAAAGGUUUUUAACCUGAUCCCAGUCUGUCUCCUGACGGAAGCAGCUGGUUUCAGGCUUCCCACCGACACACACACACACACACACACACGCCCAGACGUGGUCAAACAAAGCGCUGUUUUAUAUUUAAAAUCUCAUUUUAGAUGCUGUCUUAACAAAGUGUGAGAGAUGGGCAUGGAGGAAUGUUCUUUUGUUUGUCUGUUCAUUUGUAUGACAAUUUUGUAUGAACUGUCUCCUCUGUUGUUUAAUUUAACACGGGCAUAUCUGUGCGUCACAAAGUCGUCUAUAUAACUAGUUAUAACGUGUAUACAUGUUUUCAGCCAUUGGGAGGGUGAAGUGUUACACAUGAAGGGGGACAUAUCAGUGUCACCACUAUGUUGAGAUUGUCCUGUCAUGCUAUUUUAAUAAAGAUACGAUUUCUUGUCCAA